GAGAUCAGCGCCCAGCCUCACCAAUCAGACCGCGCCAAUCGCGCUUUCACGUGACCCCGUCAAUCAUCCGCCAAGCAAGGGUUGGCUGCCGUUCUUCCAUUGUUCACCCCUGAGUACUACGCGCGAGGUAAGAUUAUUGAAGGAAUGAGCCAGCGCACUCGCGCACCAAGUCAUAAUUAGGCUUUGUCUCGCUCCCUUCACACAAUGUUAUUCUCUUUCUCUACCUACCUCGUGAAGGCCUUCAUUAUUGUCACGGCGCUAGUUCGCCCAUAUAAAUUCUACAGUCGCUCUUUUUCCUCUUUCGUUCCCAGCAAAUCGAAGCAUUACAUACCCAGUCCUAGAUAGACUCAAUACCCCCACUAAUCAUCAACAACAUGGUCAAAUCAUCAAUCCUCCUCGGCUGUGCCCUCGGCCUUUUCGCCGCCGCACUACCCGUCGACGAGUGCAGCACCCCCAACACCAACUCGGGCGCCGCCACCACCUCUCUAACCGCGGACACCCUCAUCGCCAUCGACCCCAAGACCGCCUCCUGCGACGGCGCCACCUUCCCCGCCGAGUGCGCCGACGCCUCCCGCGCCGCGGCCUCCAUCAGCAAGUCCUUCGAAAAGUACAGCAUCGCCUCUCCCGGCGAGCAAGCCGCGCUCAUCGCCCUCAUGCUCUACGAAUCCGGCUCCUUCAAGUACAACAAGAACCACUACCCAGAGCCAGGCCGCCCGGGCCAGGGUACGCGCAACAUGCAGAUGCCGCAGUUCAACAUUGACUACGCGGCCAGCCUGUUUGGCAGCGCUGCUGUCCAAAGCGCCGGCUCGCUGGACGGCGUGCUCGAGCUCGUGAGCAAGGAUGAGGAGAGCUUUGGCAGCGCGGCGUGGUUCUUGAGCACUAAGUGCUCUGCGGAUGUUAGGACGGGCUUGGCGGACGCGACGCCGGAGGGCUGGGCUGCGUAUUUGACCCAGUGUAUUGGCACGACGGAUACGCCGGAUCGCGAUACUAUCUGGAAGGCUGCCGUGCAGGCUUUGGGGUCUGGGAACUAGAGCACGAGCGUCGUUGUUUGAUUUGAUACCUUUUCGCUGCGGUCUUAGUUCGCGGUUAGCAUUAUGCGUUCUUUUCUGGCUUUUUAGACGGCUGUGGAAAUGGCCUGGAGUUGUUGGUUUUGUUUUGUUUUUUUUUGUUUGGGACUUGCGUGGUCCUGUCGUCGCCUGGGUCCUUUCUUCUGGACUUUGGGUGACCUUAUAGAUUAUUUAUUGUUUGGGUUGCAAAUUCUGGUUCGUGCUUGGAGUCG